AUGUCUGCCCCCGGCGCAACACCCCCCGACGCUCCACCAGUGAAGCGAGGCCGAGGCCGUCCCUGCAUCCACAAGAAAGGCGCGGAUGGCAAGCCCAUCAUAGAACUGAACCCUGACGGCUCCCGCGUGGUUCCCACGCAGAAGUACGACAAGGUCGUCAGGGCGGGAGGGAGCCAGAGCGCGAGGCCCGCAGCUCCGAGGCCAGAUAGGAGUGCGAGUAAGGCCCCGCCUCCAAGAAAGACCCUGCCUUCGAGUGUGAGUGCUGGUCCCGCUCCUACGAGGCCAGUGGGGACAAAGACCGUAGGCCCGAGGCCACCAGGCAUGAAGACAGUGGGCCCGAGGCUGAGUGCUCCGGUGUCUGCUCCCGCUCCUGCUUCUGCACGUGCAUCGAAGCGGCCGCAGGCUAGGAAGCAGCCUCGCACUCAGGCUGGACCCUCUCGGCUUCAGCCGAAGAGGCGGAAGCUGGUGCACGAGGAGAUUGAGGAGGGCGCCGAAGAGGGCGAGGGCGCCGACGAGGACGCUCCCGGGGAAGUUGUUUCCGACGACGACGACGACGACGCCGACGGUGAGUACAGAGAGACCACCUCUGUACGCUCCGCGCCCGCGGCCUCGCGACGCCGGACACUGAGGUCUGCGGCUGGACCCAGUCAACUGGCGCCCGCGCCCGCACCCGCACCCGCACCUGCGCCUGUUCCUGUGCCUGCGCCUGUGCCUGUCCCCGCGCCUGUCCCAGCGCCAGCACCCGCACCCGCACCACCACCACCACCACCUGCGCCCGCCCCCGCUGCCCGGACCCGACGGCGCGCGGCCAAAAUCCGCUACGGCCCGUUCCCGGAGUGGUACACGACGACGCGCGAGGGCGCAGCGUUCGCGAGCGAAGUCGGGCAGCGGACGGGGUUCAGCCACCUGGAGGCGAAGCUGGAGUUGCUGCGCUCCCAGAACAAGCUGAACUACUUGCCGGGCCAUGCGCCUCGCCGGGUCAUGGGCUUGACCAGGGCAUGUGUGGGCCUGGAGCUGGGGGAAAUACGGGUAGGAAGUGGUGGGCUGGGUGGGCUCCGUGUUGAUGGGGCUGUGGCUGAUGAAGGGCCUCGACUGAUGUAA